UCGAAAAUUCCUUAUCAUUCAAUUUGACCUCAGACAACCGUGUUACAUCAUUUUACUUUAUCAGCAAACAGGGCAACGCAAUGGCUAACUUUAGUUUCCUGAUAUGUCUCGGAUAUAUGAUUAUUACUGCUGACGCCUCACCUAUUAAUUCGAUAAACGGAGUUGUGAUUAAUGCAACUGUACAGAUAAUGAUAGCCAACGCAACCACUCCUACACCAAGUGUCCCUCCUCCUUGUCCACGUGAUUUCUUAGGUCAUAGUACAUCAUGUUAUCAUGCUGCUCAUAUCUUGGCCACGUGGCCCGAGGCUGUGGCCUACUGCGAAUCUUUUGGUGCUGAGCUGGCGACUAUAGAAGACGCACAAGAGCAAGCGUACAUAGAACAGAUGCUGAAUGGCCUUCCACAUGAUAAAAACCAAGCAGCGUUCUGGCUAGGAGGUCAUGAUAUAUUAACAGAAGGGGAAUGGCAAUGGGUGAUAUCAAUGGACAGAAUGACAUUCACCAAUUGGGGUGACGGGCAGCCGGACAACUCACAUACAUCCGAACAUUGUCUGGAAUUGUCCGGACAAAGAUCAUUCAAGUGGAACGAUGAUGGCUGUGAGGAUCAUCAUUACUUCAUAUGUGAAACUGGAAUCCUUAAAAACGGUGGUAGUAUACUUGGAAAGAAAUGAAGAUGAAUGUUUAAAGAAAAGUAUAUUGGGAUGAUGAACAUGUUAAAAUCAAAUAAAUGGCGUCCAAAUACCCUAGGUUUACACAAUACAACUAGAUAAAAUGGUGGUUCCAAGUUAGGAAUAUGACAGUUGUUUUCCAUUCGUUUGAUGUGUUUUAGCGUUUGAUUUUGCAAUUUGAUUACGGACGGGUUUUUUUUAUAUUUUCCUCGGAGUUAAGUAUUUUUGUGAUAUUUCUUUUUUGGAUACUAAAUCAAAUAUGAAGAAUCUUCAAUAGGCAAAACACAUCAACAGGUCGGUUAACAUACCCGGAAGCGUCAUAACUGUCAUGGCUUUAGAGAAUACUGUCAGCAGGAAAAAAAUAAUAUGAGAUUCAGUGAUUUCGUAGCUGUUCAUCAGACCGAAUAACCAUUAAUGUUAUACAUAAAUUCAACAGUAGUUUAACGGUGCUCAAAGGUAUAAAAUCGAUAAGAGAAAGCGAACCGGGUUACAAACUUAAACCGAGGGAACAACUUCAACUAUAAGAGGAAAACAUAGGAAACACAGGAACACUGAAAUGCAGCAAAAUAAAAACCGAAAUCAUACAUAGAAACGAACUAUUUGAUAACAACUGCCAUAUUCCUGUUAAAAGACCCAUUUCCUAUCAUUUAAGGUGCUCAUUACAUAUAACAAUGGAAAUGAUUGAUUAUGUUAUUUGCUCUCGGGCGGAGA